AUGGCAGAAAGUGGGCUUGAUCCCUCUGAAUACGUUUGUUCUCAUGAAUAUGCGAUGAGAAGGCUGACCAGUCUGUUGUGGCAGCCCCAACUCUGCUGCACAGAGACAGGCCUGCAAGAAUGACAAGGACCCUGUGAUGAUAAUGGCAUCAGCGCUCCUAUGAUCUUGAUGGCCUGGCUGGUGACUGCAGUGAUCUUGUUCCUACUGAGACCUCCUAAUCGAAGAGGAUCCGACGUACCUGAAAAGCCAACCAGUCCUCAUAAUGAACAAGAUCCACCUGCUCCUCCUGUGGCUAAUUUUGAGAUACAGGAAGUGAAGGUGCUUAACACCUUGCAGGACCAAACGAACAACCAUGACCAGAGACUAAAAGAAGAGGUGGGUCUGGAGAAAGAGGAGCAGGCACAGCCUCUGAAAGCAGAACUAACCAGUGUCCCAGCUUGGGAACACCCCCCUGAACACCUGGGGGUAUCUGCAAUGAACAUUAUGACCAAUAUGAAAAUGGACACUGGGAUUGUGACAAUCAACAGAACCUCGAGGAAAUGA